CGAGUUCAUAAUGUUGUUUCGUUUGAAGUGUUUGAUAAAAUGGCUGAUAGAAAGAUUGUCUGGGUUUAAUGUUUUCUCCGGGUAUUUGAAUUGGCUGGAAAAUGCAACAAGAUAAUUAGAAUUACAUCAAAUCAUUUACAACUUGCAGUGAAGAAUGAUGAAGUGAAGAAUGAUGAAGAGUUGAACAUCAAUCUUCUUUUGUUAGUUUCUCUCUAUCGGGAUUAAUUUUCCUUUAUUUCAUUAUUACAUAAUAAUCCGAUUCGAUCACUCUUACAUAAUCCAAUUCGGGUCUGAUAGAAUUCAAAAUCAAUGGGUUUGCAAGUAGUUUUUUCGGGGAUCCUUGGUGAUUUUCACUUCAUCUACUAUCAAUCCAAAGAUGUUAAGGUAAUUUCUUAAUCAUCCUUACUUUAAUCAUUCAUUCACACUAUUUUAUUUUGACUAUAAGUCUAUCUAUGGGCCAUCCAAUAAGCACAAUCCUCCACCACACAAACAUCUCUUGAACAGUUAUACCAGAAGUAGUCAAUAAUACGACGUCAUAUCACUUGCAGUUGCCAACAAGAUCAUAUCUAACUAGCCCUGUAUCUGUCUUCUUAUCAUACUCAUAAUCGACCAAGUGCAGACAGACAUCUAAAUAUGUUGGGUCUAACAAUGUUCAUCGAUCAGUACUUCUCAUUAGCUAGAAUUGCAUGUUUCUUAGCUUCGUUAUCAUUCUUCUAUUGUUUAUGGAUCUCAAAGUCGUCAAGGAAUACGAAACUAUCAUCAGUAUCACCACCUGAAGUUGCUGGUGCGUGGCCUAUAUUAGGCCAUCUUCCUCAGCUACUAGGAUCAAGACCUCUAUUCAAAAUCCUUACUGACAUGUCUGACAAGUAUGGCCCUAUCUUCAUGGUCCGGUUUGGUAUGCAUCCAACCUUGGUGGUAAGCAGUUGGGAGAUGGCUAAAGAGUGCUUCACCACCAACGAUAAGUUCCUCACUGGCCGCCCAUCGGGUGCUGCCGACAAGUACCUCACUUCUGGCCUGUUUGGUUUUUCGACGUACGGUCCUUACUGGCGAGAGAUUCGUAAGAUCUCUACCGUCCAUUUACUCUCACAUAGGCGUCUUGAGCUUUUCAAGCAUGUUCCUUACUUGGAGGUCGCCAACUGCAUGAAACACUUGCAUCGACGCUGGAUAGACAGUCAAAACCAAAUAAAACAAAAUGACGUAGCAGCUGGUUCAGUAAAAGUUGACAUGGGCAGAGUAUUUGGCGAGCUAACCUUGAAUGUGGUGUUGAAGUUAGUUGCUGGAAAAUCAAUUUUUUUCAAGAACGACAACACUCGUGAAUAUGACUCCAAGGAUGGUCAUAACAAAGCGGAGGAAGAAGGUAAAAAGCUCCAUAAGACCAUCAUAGAAUUCUACUCACUAGCAGGAGCUUCGGUUGCAUCUGAUGUUCUUCCAUUUCUUGGGUGGUUGGAUGUGGGUGGACAAAAGAAACGCAUGAAAAGGGUAGCCAAGGAUAUGGAUUUCAUUGCUGCGAAGUGGCUUGAAGAGCAUCGGCACCAAAGAAGACAAACAGUACUCUCAAGCUCAGCAGUACUAGGUAGCAGUAAUCAUGACGAUGCGGAAGAUUUCAUGGACGUGUUGAUGUCAAUUCUUGAUGGGGAAAAUGAUGAUCUCUUCUUUGGUUACAGCCGUGACACUGUAAUCAAAACCACAUGUCUGCAACUUAUAGCAGCUGCCGCAGAUACCACAUCAGUUACGAUAACAUGGGCUCUUGCAUUACUAAUUACUAAUCCUACAGUAUUAAGGAAGGCUCAGGAUGAGCUUGAUGCCAAAGUAGGAAAGGAUAGAAACAUAGAGGAACACGACAUCAAUAAUCUUGUCUACCUCCAAGCAAUUGUUAAGGAGACACUCCGGAUGUACCCUGCUGGCCCACUCAGCGUACCCCACGAGGCUAUCGCAGACUGCAGUAUUGGUGGGUAUGAAGUGAGAGCAGGCACCCGUUUGUUGGUCAACCUAUGGAAAAUGCACCGCGAUCCUCGAGUAUGGUCAAAUCCGUCAGAGUUCAAGCCAGAGAGGUUCCUUCCACAAUUAGAUGGUGGAUCUGGUGGUGAGGCGGCAAACUUGGACUUCAGAGGUCAAGACUUUGAGUAUCUACCUUUUAGUGCAGGAAGAAGGAUGUGUCCAGGGAUCGACUUUUCCCUCCAAACGCUUCACAUGGCGCUUGCUCGCCUGCUUCAUGCGUUCAAUUUCAACAAUGACUCGGCAGGACUAAUAAUAGACAUGGCGGAAGGUUCAGGUUUAACUAUGCCCAAGUUGACACCACUAGAGAUUUACCUCUGCCCACGCCUCCCAGCCAAACUCUACUAGAAUUUGUAGCCAGGAGGUAAGGGUGUCUCCCAUGUUCCAUCCCAACAAAAAAAAAGGUUCACCUGAAAAGUGUCCAAGGGAUUUAAGGUGAAUUUUGUACUCUGCUUCCUUAUAUGUUGUAUUUAUUAUGAAGUAAUAACCAACUGGAGAUAGUCACCGAUGCCAUGAA